GUCUGUCUGUGUGUGUUAGUGAGUGAGUGAGUGAGUGUCUGUGUGAGGGUAACUCAGCUCAUUACAUACUUGCAUACUGUGUCAUUCAGUUACCUUUUGUAUGCUCGAGAAGCAACACAUAAGCAAAAUAUACAUUCAAUACAGAUCCUUUGUCUCUAACUUGCAGAAUGGCAUGUGGGUACUUUGGGAGCGGAAUUCUCCCAAACCAGUACUGGAGAAUCUGCACUUUUGCAGGUAUUGGGGAGCAGACUCCCGACACCCUGCGGAGAUGUCUGGUACAGUAUGCUGAGAUAGUGCAACACAAGUCUGAGAUGGCGAUGGGCAUAGCAAGGGACGAAGAGAUUGAAGAAGAUGGUGGCGACGGAAUAUGCAUCACAACUGACGCCCGACACGCCCACAGAAAGAACAGUUACAGGUCUGACAUCCUGGCCCUGGGACAAACGUAUGUAAUUUGCUUCUACAAGAUUUAUUCAUACACAUAGGCAAAAUAUGGUGCAUAAAACAUCUCCACCUUAUAUACAUGUACAUGUACAACAAACUCCAGUUACUGUAUUAAUGAGUCAAAUUGAUACUUUUAUGCAAUGGAUUCCAGAACUUAACACUAUGUCCUUUGGUCACUAAACCCAGUUCAAGGUCAAAGGCAUUACACUACAUUCAACAAUAUGAGCUACUGGAUGUAAAUGUAUAAUGAACAAGUUGCUAACUCUGUUGCAAACAACCUCAGUAUGGCUUGCUGGAUUUUAUACAAUCUGAAAAUAUUAGUUUUUCCUCAUCACGUUUUUUCAUGAAAUGAAAUUGAUAUAAUACAGAUUUUAGCCCUAGAAUUACAUCACUUAUUACUCUGGUUGUAGCAAGAACAUAAAGUUUAUGUGUAUCUGCACACCUGUACUUCAAUUCACUGCCUUGCCUCACAGCAACCAUCGUGUUCUGGCGUACGCCCCGGUUACCAAAGAAGAAGAAAGGUCCAGCCAGAAGCAUGAGAUGAGGGGGACUGUGAAGUUGUACAACACGUUUGAUGAGAUGGGACUGAAAGUGAUUGACCAUGCGCACGAUCGCAACAGUAGCAUAAACAAGUUUGUCAAGGCCAGGCCUGCCUAUGGAGAUGGCAGCAAGACUACAAACUCAAACGACACCUGGCAUGCUACAAAGGCACUUGCCAGGAAGUUCAAGAAGUUGGCAAGUGGCCCAAAGAAGAACCACGGGGUCACCUGGCACGGGCAGCUACAGGAUAAAGGAGCACCACUCAAAACACAUUUCUAUUGGAGUAUGAAGCGGUGUGCUGGAAGUAUCCAGGUACUGAGGGAUUCUCUCCUGAACGUGGUGGAACACUACCAGGUACUGUAG